AUGGGGCGGGAUGGCCUGCGCCGCUCGAUAGCACUGGCUCUGGAGCAUGUUGGAUUCGACGCAGCGACUCCAGAGUCGUUGGAAAGCUUCACCGAGGCGACGGAGACCUAUAUUAGUCGGAUCGUCGAAAAGCUCAAGAGGGAAGCAGCAGCUUGCAGGCGGGAGGAUCCCACGCCCGACCAGUACGAAGAGGUGCUACGAUCCCUCAAUGUCUCGACGGAAUCACUACGGCCACACCUGAGGAAUCCCUUGCCCAAGGAGAAGAGGAAGAAAGUCACGCCGGAAUACUACGACCCCAUUAUCGAAGACCUGUACAAAGAAUUCGGCGUGCUCAACAUGUCUCCCCUUUUCGUUGGCCACGAGCUUGACGGCAACAAGGAGAAGGAAGAGAAGGAAUGGAUCCCCGCAUCCUUCCCGGGCUUUCCUGCGCUACACAGCUACAGAUACACGCCAGUCGAGGUUACGUCGCAAGAACCGGACAAGAAGCGCGCUGAGGCGGCCGCAGAUGCAAGGAACAGCGAGAAAGCACUGCGGCGGAUUGACAGAGCUGCAAAGAUCAGCCGGCAGAAGGAGAUGCGCGAGCUGGCCACGCGCAACCCCUUGAGCAAGCAACGAAGUGAAGCCUGGGAGGACUUGAUGAAGGAUCUGCUUCCACGCAAUGGCAGCAGUAGCAUUGGCGCCAUUGAUAUCGCCGAUCAUAGCACGGUCGUCAAUUCGAGCUCCAAGUAUCUGCGGAAAGAGCUGCCGCGGACGAACCGCAGAAGCGCGGCCGAGGCUAAUGGCUAG